CGGCGGCAGGUAGGUUGCGUAUUACGUGCUACAGCCGCCGCCGAUCACAUACACUACGCUGCUACGCGUGGCUUUGUAUAGCGCCGCGCGUGCCAUGCAACGGCCGCUUCGCGAGACAGUCUGGCGCGGGUGGGUGGUCGUGCCGCCGCGACUGGGUGGGUUACGGCGGUGAUCGUGACGCGGCCUGCGGGAAGGUGGAUAAAAGGCUACCGAGCGAGUCUACCGCCGCCGCUUUUCAGUACGUGACGGACGCGCGCGCAUCGCGACACGACCGAGACGCGCGGGACUCUGCUGCAGCAGUCGCUGCCGCCGCCGCCGCCGAAGCCGAAGCCGCCGGAACGUAUCGCCGAGACGGACAACUGUGAUUCCAGAGCCGGUUAGUUCUCCCUACAUGCGUGUGCUGCAACACUUCCGUUACUAUUGUCGACGACGACAGAACUGCAAUGGCAGUCGUCCGAAUGGCCACGGAACGGUUUUUUGCCACCCACGACGCCAACAACAACAUUAAGAAUUAUAAUAUCACCGUUUUCCUGUGUAUUGCAAUAAUUGUCUUGCAUUCAGGCGAUGCAGGAGUGUCGGAUGAUAAUUACGGAAGAUACAUUGGAUCCUUUAAGGGUUUUGCUCAUGGUGUCCGUGGAACUGUGUACGCAGUAGAUGAAAACACGCUAUUCAUCCGGGAUUUUUUCUAUGAUGGUAUUGGCCCAACUGCCUAUUUUUGGGCCGGGAAAUCGCCAAGAAUUUCUCCGGAUGGAUUUACUAUUCCAUAUCCUGAGGACUAUCCGGCAGUGGAACCACCCCCGCUACAAACGCACAACAAUUCAAACAUCAUAUUGCGAUUGCCGGGCGGAAAACGCAUCAAAGACAUCAAAUGGCUAUCAGUCUGGUGUAGGCGGUUUACGGUAAACUUCGGCGAGGUGUUCAUACCAAUCACACUGGAUCCACCCAAACCACGAAUUUUACCAGAGUUUAAACGUUUCGCUCACAGCUUACGGUCGGGCAAUAUCAGUAUUCUAGACGCACGAACAUUUUACAUACCAAAUUUACACUAUGACGGCUUGGGGCCGGACGCAUAUUUUUUCGUCGGAAACGGUUCGGAGCCAUCACCCUACGGCGUCAAAGUACCAAACGAAGUCGGGAGCUUGGAACCGCUAAAGGGCUACCAGGGGGAAGACAUAGAAAUCCAAUUACCCAGAAGCCUGACGAUGCACUCGAUCGAUUGGCUGGCCGUCUGGUGCGUGCAAUAUACGCACAAUUUCGGCCACGUUAACGUCCCGGACGACUUGGACGUGCCACCGGCGUUGGGGCAGACUAAGCUCACCCCAACAUGGUGGUACAAUCCAACUAGCAGUACUACUUCAGAUCCCGAAGGGCAUUGGGAGAUGAGCAAUUGUCGAGAACUAUUACCAGGUAAACUACAAGUGCAUUGGGAGGUGCAAGGUGAUUGGGUCCAAGUGCAGUUGACCGGGAAGAUACGCGAAAACCAAUAUAUGGCCUUUGGUCUCAGUGGUAACCAAAAUAGCGUGACAAUGCUCGGUGGUGACGUGGUGGUGGUGUUCUACAAUCGGGCAAAGAAUUCGUUCCACGCCGAAGACUAUUACCUGUCUGCAAAAACCGAGUGCGAUGACAAGAAUGGCGUGUGCCAAGACGAACGGCUAGGCGGCCGGAACGAUGCGGUCCUAGUGACGGGCACUCGGCGUAACGGUGUUACGUGCGUCGUGUAUCGGCGGCCGGUUCAGACCAACGAGGCCAUCAACGAUCAUCAAGUGCCUGUGGAUGCGGCCGCAAUGGUCAUAGCAGCCAUAGGUCCUCUGGGAGGUUCUGACCAGCCCGGCGCGCAUGCUAUUCAGGACAUUACCAGAGAUGAAAUAAGAAUAAAUUUCAACUCCAGAGACGAUCACUCGUGUACAUAUUCCCUGUUCAAUAUUGACGAUGACAUGGAGCGGUCCGCGUGGCCUCCAAACAUCAUCAUUGGAGAGAAAGAGUUUAGAGCUAAGCUUGGGCCAUCAGGUGGUACUCGUGGUUACAUGGCUAUAACAGGGCAUUCCACCGGCGACAUCGUCUGGUAUAUAAAUGACAAACUUAUACCAGAAAUCUUUGUAGAGAGGAGACAGACAUACACGUUCAUCGUCGAAGGAGGAAAUGACCCUAAUAAAGGCGAACAUUACCAUCCGCUUUAUAUCACGGACAGCAGUGAAGGAGGGUUUGGACAGAAAGAUGACGCGGAACAGAGGAAACAACGUGUUUUUGCUGGCAUCGUCUACGACUCUGACGGCUUACCUUUUCCUACUACAGCCGGCCGAUAUUGUGAAUUUAAAUUCAAGUCUUACGAUCGUUCAUCAGAAAUGGAAACCUUCGAUGCCUUUUUUGACUCUUUGAAAUUAUCAUGCGAAAAUGGUAACAUAGGCAUACUGAAUUGGACAGUCGCUGAAGAAACACCAGAUCUAGUCUAUUACCAGAGCUAUUCACAGACGAACGUGGGAUGGAAAAUCCACGUGGUCGACCCCGGCUACAAGUGGAACGACGACAAGGACGCCGCGGCCAGCCUGCACAGCGAUCUGCCGUUGACGUGCGCAAUAUUGAUCACCGUUGUUGCCGUCCAGUGGAUUUUCACUAUUAGUUUACUGUGAUGCGCGCAAUCCGGUAAACAAUACGAACGGAUUGCGAUGAUGGCGGCGGCGGCGGUGGUGUAAUCACAACAACAACAACAAUAACAACACUCUAACGAUAACGGUUAUAAUACGCAUUACCUACAUAGUAACACCGAUGAACGCGUCUCGACGUUCACCGCCACUGCCGCCGCCGCCGUUAGUCGUCGACGGCCACACCACGACCAUCCGCCGAACGCCGGCCACGCACAAAUGUUUGCCCACCGCGACAGUAAUAAUAUCGUUACCGGUCGCAUAGGUUACAUACAUAAUAUAAUAUGAUAUCAACUCGAAAAAUUCGGACGACUUUUUCCACCGUCCCUAUCGGCACGCCACGUCGUACCUCGAUAGGCUCUGCGCGGUGUACCCAUCACCGUUCUGCCCGGUUUAUCGUGCGCCAAAUGAUUUGUUACUGUCGUGUGAUAGAUACAUUUUCAACGGAAAUUCAAACUUUUCGUAUCCGGCAUUCGGGUUAAACCGUCGACGAAUGUUUAAUUAAUAUUUCGUUACAGCUACCCACAUGUAGGACAGCACAUCCAAUGCGCGCGUUCUCCCGAUCGCUGUUGCAUAGUGCAUACACCUAUAUCGUGUGCGUUUCGUUUUUACGCCCGUGACUUGUGAGUUGAAACGCCGCAGUCCAACAUGACUGUCGUUCUAAUAAUUGCACACGUCCUUAAUCUGACUUUGAAACAUCUGACCGAAGAUAGUAAAACUCAAUAGGUACCUUUGAUUCCGUAACAAUAAAAUUAAACCGUUGAAAAUAAUAAACGCGUGAGUUUGUUCAAUUUUCAAUUUUUCGUAAU